AUGCAGCGGAGACCAAACAUAUUGGUGACGGGUACACCUGGCGUGGGUAAGACAACUUUUAGUCAGCAGCUUGCAGAGGAGUUGGAGUUAGCGCAUAUAAAUGUGGCGAAGUUAAUAAGCGAAGAGGGUCUGUACAGUGAGUGGGAUGAUGAGUUAAAGUGCAGUGUGUUUGAUGAAGAUCGGGUUGCAGACAGGUUAGAAGAACUCUUACGAGAAGGCGGCAAACUUGUUGAUUUUCAUGCAUGCAGCUUCAUGCACCCUUCUUGGUUUGCUCUUGUAGUUGUUCUACGAGCAGAGACGCAAAUCCUCUUCGAUCGGCUUACCGCUCGUCAAUACCCUCAGAAAAAGAUAGAUGAAAAUAUGCAAGCAGAGAUUUUUCAGGUGCUCCUCGAUGAAGCAAGAGAGACAUUUGGUGAAGACAAAAUCAAAGAAUUACAAAAUAAUACAAUCCAGCAGCUAAAUGAUAACGUAACAGCAGCAGCAGAGGCAUACAACAACCUCUUCAGAUCCUAA